UAACCCAGUUCUAACAUUCUAAUUAUCUCGGCGUGUUCUUCCGAGUUCUAGCACUCGCCGUCCCCUCCCCCUUCCUCGCCGACCUGCGACUGCGAACCCCGUUCCCGACCUCGGCACACGAACCGCCCCAACUGAGCAAGCUACACUCCGGGAGCGAGGAGGAACCAAUCACCGGGACACCACCGAACCCGCGGCGAUGGACGAGGAGGCGAAGCACCUGGAGACGGCGCGGGCCGACCGCCCCGUGUGGCUCAUGAAGUGCCCCACCGUCGUCUCCCGCGCCUGGCAGGAGGCCGCCGCUUCCGCUUCCGCCCCCGAGUCCGGCGGCGCCAACCCUAACCCUAACCCUAACCCGGUCGUCGCCAAGGUCGUCCUCUCCCUCGACCCCCUCCGCGACAAGCAGCCUACCCAGUUCAAGAUGGAGAUGGCUCAAUCAGACAAUGGCAACACACCAAAGAGUUACUCUCUGAAUAUGUAUAAUGAUUUUGUGCCGAUGUGCAUCUUUUCUGAGUCUAACGAAGAGAAACUUGCAUGUGAAGGGAAAGUCGAGAAUAAAUUUGACAUGAAACCACACAGAGAAAAUCUUGUGGAAUAUGGAAAGUUAUGCCGUGAGAGGACUACUAAGUUUAUGGCUAAACCAAGACAAGUGCAGGUACUUGAGAAUGACCAUGGAAUGCGCAUGAGACCCAUGCCUGGCAUGGUUGGCCUAAUACCUUCUGGUCCAAAGGAGAAGAAGAAGCCAAUACCAACAAAACCUUCGGACAUGAAAAGAACAAGAAGGGACCGUACGGAAAUGGAAAAUAUCCUAUUCAAGCUUUUCGAGAGGCAGCCAAAUUGGUCACUAAAGCAGCUAAUGCAAGAGACGGACCAACCUGAGCAAUUCCUGAAGGAGAUACUGAACGAUCUCUGUGUCUACAACAAAAGAGGACCAAAUCAAGGGACGCACGAGCUCAAGCCUGAAUACAAGAAGUCUACAGAGGUCAAUGAGGCUACUUGAAGUCCAUGCCAUACCCGUGCUAGAACUUCUUGUCCUGACUCGCUGAACAUGAGUUCUCGAGUCUCGACCAAUGGGAACUCCAACCUGUUAGUUGCUGCGUACAAGUAGUCACUGAUGCUUCAUUUGGCUGUCCAUUUAACGUAGAUUGUAUUCUUGAGGUGAUGCAUCUUUCAUGCCACCGGAACUGGAAGCCGUAUGAAAGACUUUCGGCACUUUUUGUA